GUUUAUAUCGGCUAUAUAAGCCAUUGUGGACGCAUUUUGAGUUGGCUUCUCCGAAGUCCACAUCGCGAGUGUAGGUAAACCGCACGUUAAAUUUAAUCAAAAUUUGACGGAAAUGACUACUCCAAAUUAUGCAAGGAAGUUAUAUUUCUCAGUUGUUGAAGAUGUCAUUUCCAAUGUGAGAGAGGCAUUUCUGGAUGAAGGUGUUGAUGAACAAGUCUUACAAGAACUCAAACAGUUAUGGGAGGGUAAACUAACAGCAUCUCGAGCACUGGACCCAGCAGAGCCUGAGCCAGUAGUUCACAGCAACAUUCCAUAUCCAUUGUUACAGCAACAGCAGUCUUCUCAACCUACUGUGGUUCCUACAGGAAGCAAUGUACAACAACAGAUUCCUAUACCAGUACAAAUAAAUACAGAUGGACAGAUUAGUAAUGCAGCCAGUAUGGCAUUUUCUGCCCAGGGUGGUAUGUUUCCACCCCAACUACAAGCUCUAGUCAAUGUUAAUCCAGGUGCUCAACUCACACUUCAACAAACAGCCAAUGGACAAUACAUAUUACAAGCUUUAACCCCCGGAGCCCAGGGUCAGAUGGUGAGCAUGCCACAACAAACAAUAAUUCAGGCCCAGCCUGGACAGAUACAGCAAGUGCAGGGUCAGACUCUUCCACAGUACGACGGUGCACAUGAUGAAACUGUCAUAGAUACUCCAAACACAGAGCACAGUUGUACAGAUACACAUAACACAGAGCAACCUUGUUCAUCGCGUGACAGUGAGCCUGGCUGCUCAGGUGCUUGUGGAUGCUGCAGACAGGAGGUGGAGAUCGAGUUUGAAGCUUCCAAAGCAUUAUCAAAAAAGUUAGCACAAGAUAUCAAAAGAAGGACAAAGAGACGGGUACCACAGUUAGAUGGGAACCAUGACACUAGUUCAUCAGAAGAUGAUGAUUACGAUGAUGAUGAUGGUAAUGAUGAUGAUGAAGACAAAGAAGAUGGAGAGGAAGAAGGGGAAGAAGAGGAGCCUCUGAACAGUGAGGAUGAUGUGAGUGAAGAGGACCCAACAGAACUGUUUGAUACAGAUAAUGUUGUUGUUUGUCAGUUUGAAAAGAUAAGCAGGAACAAAAGUAAAUGGAAAUUCAAUCUCAAAGAUGGUAUUAUGAACCUAGAAGGUAAAGACCAUGUGUUCCAGAGAGGUAUUGGUGAUGCAGAAUGGUAGUCUGAUAUUUAUUCUCUGCAGAGUGAUAUUGGAACUGUGAUCUGUGAAGCAGUCAAAAAUGUAACAGACUGUGACCAUAUUUUUACUUCUGGUUGACUUGUUCUUAGUCUGGCUGGCAGUUCCAGUCUAGAGAAUUUACUGUUCAAAGCAUGGAUCAUGAUUUAAUCAUUUGAUACUCAUUGAAUGUGAUUUUAUACCAAACAAUACAAAAGAUAUGUAGAAUGUUGACAAUAGGACAUAUUUCUGAUGUAUUACUUGGCAUAGAUAUUAUUAAUAUUCCAUUAGGCUAAGUGUUCUUUAAGUACUGUGACUUGUUUUCAUACAUUGUUCAUUUGUGAAAGAAUGCUACUGAAUUCAGUAUGAAAAAAAGUUACAUACAGGAAUCAAAAUUCAAAGCUAUGCCCUAAGGGAUACUGUUAAAUUAUUGCAAAGAAACCAUUGUAUCUUGUUAUAAGUGUAAUAUAUUGAAUAAGAUUCAGGUGUUUGCAUAAUUAUUCAGAAUAUAGACUUCCUGUAAAACAGGCAUGUUAGUAUUAUGGAGCAGAGCCUAUCCAUCUAAAACACUAGGAAAUUAUUAAAUAUGACUUUCGUUGAAAAAAUCAUACCAACUAAUUUGAUAAAUAUAUUACCUGUCUACACAGUUUUGUGUGAUGAUUUAAUGUAUAGGUUUGAUAAAGUUAAGUGUCUGGAAAUUGUUGAAUAGUCUUGCAACAUUUUUGACAAUUUUAUCAUUGCAGUCAUUGUAUUUGCCCAGCUCAUUUUACAACAAUGGCAAUAAGAUGAACCCUUUAGAUAGCUGUUUUUGUCAUUUUUAUCAGAACUAUAUUUGAUAGGUUUUAUUACAUGAUUACAAAAGAAGCCAAAUACAAUCAUUCCAGCCCAUGCUUUAGAAUGGGCAUUAUUUGGCAAGGAUGUAAUAAUGAGAACUAAUUAAGAAAUAAUAUAUCUCAUCCAGUGAUUUGUCCUUGAAUAAAUCAUUGCUUGGAGUUCAGAUGCGAAGGAAUUAUAUCACGAGGGCGGAGCCCGAGUGAUAUAAUAAUACGCAUCUGAACGACAAGCAAUGAUUUAUUCAAGAGCAAAUCACUAAAUGAGAUAUAUUAUUUCGAUUCUAACACGUUAUAAAGGAUUUUAAAGUACAUCCUUGAUGACAUGCAUUAAAUAUUUGCCCGUUUUCAAUCGGUUUCUUUUCGUGCACGCCGCUAUGCCGCUUGACGCCAUGACGUAAUAAUUGUGACGUCAGAACAGUGAUUUGCUGUAUGAUAAUUCACUGCUUUCUUCCUUCUUUGUUUAAUAGGAAAAUGAAUCGGAUCGUGUUAGAAUAAGCUUUCAUUGACUUAAUCAGCACAGUGGUUUUUGGUGAUGUGUAAUUUUACAUUAAAGUCUGCAAGAACAAUUAUGCUUGGAAAUUUUGUUAGGCAAACUGUGUUUCAGUUACAGGUAUUGUUUUUAGAGUAUAAUAUUUAUAAUGUAACAGAUUUGUCAGUGAACAUGUGCUUUCAUUAUGACAUUGUAAUGGAGCUUUAGUGCUUGCCUGCAGCUGUGAGCUUGUACGACUGAUCUUGCAUCUGUUACAGGGCCAAUGUGAAAACAUAUGAUCAAUAAAACAGGUCAGUCUUGCAUUUUUGUUGUUUUAGUGUUCAUACAUCGUCGGUGUGAUGUAUGAGGACUCCUAUAAAUCUAUGGGCAUUACUUUCUGCACAUUGCAAGUAUAAAAAUUGAGUAUCAAGCUGUGAAAGUGCUUUUAUAUAAUACACAUGUACAUGCUUAUGUAUUAUUACAAAGUGGAGGCAGUUUGUCAUUAUACUUCAUACUUUAUUUAGUAAGGAUUAAUUUGCUUCAACCGAUGUGUCUUAAUUAAGCAAGAGCUUUUAUGCCCCCGAAGGGAGGCAUAUUAGUUUUCAACUGUCCGUUAGUUCGUUCGUUCGUUAGUUCGUUCGUCACAACGUUAACUUUUUGCAUGAAGGCACUUUACUCGCGAACCACUGCACCCAGGACCUUCAGACUUCACAUGCUGAUAGUACUUAUUGAGUACACCACCCCUACUGACUUUGGGGUCACCAGGUCAAGGUCACAACGUUAUUUUUUAGCUCACCUGUCACAAAGUGACAAGGUGAGCUUUUGUGAUCGCGCGGCGUCCGUCCGUAAACUUUUGCUUGUGACCACUCUAGAGGUCACAUUUUUCAUGGGAUCUUUAUGAAAAUUGGUCGGAAUGUUCACCUUGAUAAUAUCUAGGUCAAGUUAGAAACUGGGUCACGUGCCUUCAGAAACUAGGUCAGUAGGUCUAAAAAUAGAAAAACCUUGUGACCUCUCUAGUGGCCAUAUAUUUCAUGAGAUCUUCAUGAAAAUUGGUCAGAAUGUUCACCUUGAUGAUAUCUAGGUCAGGUUUGAAACUGGGUCACGUGCUAUCAAAAACUAGGUCAGUAGGUCUAAAAAUAGAAAAACCUUGUGACCUCUCUAGAGGUCAUAUAUUUCAAAAGAUCUUGAUGAAAAUUGGUCAGAACGUUCACCUUGAUGAUAUCUAGGUCACGUGCUGUCAAAAACUAGGUCAGUAGGUCAAAUAAUAGAAAAACCUUGUGACCUCUCUAAAGGCCAUAUUUUUCAUGGGAUCUGUAUGAAAGUUGGUCUGAAUGUUCAUCUUGAUGAUAUCUAGGUCAAGUUUGAAACUGGGUCACGUGCGGUCAAAAACUAGGUCAGUAGGUCUAAAAAUAGAAAAACCUUGUGACCUCUCUAUAGGCCGUAUAUUUCAUGAGAUCUUCAUGAAAAUUGGUCAGAAUGUUCACCUUGAUGAUAUCUAGGUCAAGUUCGAAAGUGGGUCACGUGCCUUCAAAAACUAGGUCAGUAGGUCAAAUAAUAGAAAAACCUUGUGACUUCUCUAGAGGCCAUAUUUUUCAUGUGAUCUGUAUGAAAGUUGGUCUGAAUGUUCAUCUUGAUGAUAUCUAGGUCAAGUUCGAAAGUGGGUCAUGUGCCAUCAAAAACUAGGUCAGUAGGUCAAAUAAUAGAAAAA